AACCACAAGCCCCCAGAAUAUAUUAGAAUAACACGAAUAGAAAGGUCUCCCCCUCCCCAGCCCCUUUCUGUCCCCCCCCCCCGAGCCGAGGGAGGAGGGGGAGAGGAAACUAAAAGGGGCCGUGGGUGAGCAGCGCGAUGCGGAGCCGCUGAGGCGCUGCGAGCCGGCCGCCAGCAUCCCGCCGGCAGCCGCAGCCGGGAGGACGAGCGCGGCCUCCCCAGCGUGGAAGAGGCCGGCGAGAAGGAGGCUGUGAGGGCUGCUGAAGAUGUCCGAUAGUCUGGAUAUUGAAGAGAAACCUCCAGCCCCACCGUUGAGAAUGAACAGCAACAACCGCGAUUCUUCAGCACUAAACCACAGUUCCAAACCGCUCCCCAUGGCCCCUGAGGAGAAGAACAAGAAAGCCAGGCUUCGCUCCAUCUUCCCGGGAGGAGGGGAUAAAAUUGCAGAACAUGCCAAUAAGAAGAAAGAGAAAGAACGUCCGGAGAUCUCUCUUCCUUCAGACUUUGAACACACGAUUCACGUGGGGUUUGAUGCCGUCACUGGAGAAUUCACAGGCAUUCCAGAGCAGUGGGCCAGGCUACUACAGACCUCCAACAUAACAAAACUAGAGCAGAAGAAGAACCCACAAGCAGUUCUAGAUGUCCUCAAAUUUUAUGAUUCCAAAGAAACAGUUAACAACCAGAAAUAUAUGAGCUUUACGUCAGGAGAUAAAAGCGCCCAUGGAUACAUAGAAGCCCAUCCUUCGAGCACAAAAACAGCAUCAGAACCCCCCUUAGCACCUUCUGUUUCUGAAGAAGAGGAUGAAGAAGAUGAGGAAGAGGAAGAUGACAAUGAACCUCCGCCUGUUAUUGCACCACGGCCUGAACAUACAAAAUCAAUCUACACUCGCUCUGUAAUUGAACCCGUCGCUGCACCAGCACCGGCUAAAGAAGCCACAACUCCCCAGCCUGAAAACUCGAACACAAAUACCUUGUACAGAAACACAGACCGGCAGCGAAAAAAGUCCAAGAUGACAGACGAGGAGAUCCUAGAGAAGCUGAGGAGCAUAGUGAGUGUGGGAGACCCUAAGAAGAAAUACACCCGAUUUGAAAAAAUUGGCCAAGGGGCAUCGGGAACUGUUUAUACAGCAAUAGAUAUCGCCACGGGACAAGAGGUGGCCAUAAAGCAAAUGAAUCUCCAACAGCAGCCCAAAAAGGAACUAAUUAUUAAUGAAAUCCUGGUCAUGAGGGAAAAUAAGAAUCCCAAUAUUGUUAACUAUUUAGACAGCUACCUAGUAGGCGACGAGCUCUGGGUGGUUAUGGAAUACUUGGCUGGAGGCUCUUUAACUGAUGUUGUUACGGAGACGUGUAUGGAUGAAGGACAGAUAGCAGCUGUAUGUAGGGAGUGCCUGCAAGCACUGGAUUUCCUUCAUUCAAACCAAGUGAUUCACAGAGACAUCAAAAGCGACAAUAUUCUUCUCGGAAUGGACGGAUCUGUCAAAUUGACUGAUUUUGGCUUCUGUGCUCAGAUCACCCCUGAACAGAGUAAAAGGAGCACAAUGGUCGGGACUCCUUACUGGAUGGCACCAGAAGUGGUGACACGAAAAGCGUACGGUCCCAAAGUUGACAUCUGGUCGCUCGGGAUCAUGGCAAUAGAAAUGGUGGAAGGAGAGCCGCCUUACCUUAAUGAAAAUCCUCUCAGGGCGCUGUAUCUGAUAGCUACGAAUGGGACACCGGAGCUGCAGAACCCUGAGCGGCUCUCUGCCGUGUUUCGCGACUUUCUGAACUGCUGCCUGGAGAUGGAUGUGGACAGGAGAGGGUCUGCCAAGGAGCUUCUGCAGCAUCCAUUUUUAAAAUUAGCCAAGCCUCUUUCCAGCCUGACUCCUCUGAUCAUUGCAGCAAAGGAAGCAAUUAAGAACAGCAGCCGCUAGUGCUUCAGGCUGGCUUUCUCCCAUGCCAGCUCCCUCCAGAGCAGGACUGAGAAAAAAAAAACUCUAUAAAACCUCAACGCUUCUGCUGCAGGAUGGAUGGAUGGAUGGACGGAUGGACAGACCAACAGUCGCAGUCAUGGUGGUAGGAGGGGAGAACAACUGUUCUCCAGUCCCUCAAUGAGUAAAAACUUAUCACGUGUCUUCUUCCUG